ACCGCCCAUGCGUUAGAUCCAUCGGUGAAAAGAGUAUAUAAGUUUGGGUACUGCUCAUAGACCGGUGUGACCUCUUGGGCGCGCCUGUGCUCCGAGCGGACUUUGUUCCGAUCUACCAUGUCGUUCAGCAAGGAGAAAUCGAGAGUUGGCAUAAUUGGGGCUGGGGUUGGCGGCCUCUCCAUGGCCAUUGCUCUCAAGAAGCAGCUCAAUUUUGACAACUUCUUGAUAUUUGAGAAGGAAUCAGACAUUGGAGGAACAUGGCGAGAUAAUACUUAUCCAGGCUGCUCAUCCGACGUAGCUGGACACUGGUAUUCUCUCUCAUACGAGCCGAACCCAAAUUGGUCGUCCCGUUUUGUCCUUCAACCUGAGAUUCUCGCCUAUUGGCAAGACCUCGUCAACAAAUACGGCUUACGGAAGUACCUCGUUCUGAAUACAACUGUCGUGAAUGCUGUAUGGGACGAUGACGCUCAGCACUAUCGGCUGACCCUGCGCAAUUUGAAAACAGGCAAGGAGUACGAAGAAGUUGUCGAAGCGCUCGUUAGUGCAUCCGGAGCACUGGCCGAGCCGCGUUAUCCGAGCGACAUUCCAGGGAUGAAGGAUUUCAAGGGUCCGAUGUUCCACACUUCAUGGUGGCGGAAGGAUGUUGAUCUUGCUGGGAAGACCGUUGGCGUCGUAGGCAAUGCCGCAUCAGCAGUCCAGCUUGUUCCGAGGAUAUCGGAGGAUCCGUCUGUCAAGGUCAUCAAUUUCUGUAGGACUCCGAACUGGCUUGUUUUCCGGCCUAACUUCAAGUACCCUACGUGGGCUAAAUGGGCAUUCGCUCACAUCCCUGGCGUCAUGCGGACAUACCGAACUUUUGUCUUUUACAGUUAUGAAUCAUUGUACAGGCUUUUCCGAAAUGAGAACAAGUUAUUGCAAGCGGCAGCACGCAAGGUAUUAACUAUGGAGCUCAAGAAACGCAUACCUAAGGAAUAUGCCGACAAACUUAUCCCUUCCUACCCACCCGGAUGUAAACGAAUGAUCGUCGAGCCAGGAUACCUAAAAGCUUUGCAUCAGCCGAACGUACAACUCAACUGGGAUGGUAUUGCCAAGUUCGAACCUGACGGUUUAGUCACAAAGGCAGGCGAAAAGAUAUCAUUGGAUGUCGUUGUAUUUGCUACCGGCUUCCACUUUGCUAGAUUGAUAACAGAUGUGACGGGACAAGGAGGGUUGACUCUACAACAAUACUUCGAUUCUAAGGGUGGACCGACAGCGUAUCUGGGAACGACUGUCCCUAGUUUCCCUAAUUUCUUCGUAAUCCUGGGUCCGAACACCGCGACAGGUCACGCAUCGGUCAUCUUCACUGAAGAAGCCCAAAUCAACUACACCAUCCAACUCCUUGCACCAAUCAUCACACGCUCCGCGUCUUCUUUCACUGUCCGAUCCUCGGUUACGGACGCUUUCAACGAGCGCCUUCAAAAGCGUCUUAAUUCCACAGUAUUCGCUGCGUGCGCGUCGUGGUAUCGUGCAGGGUCGGAUGGGACAGGAAAGAACGUGGCGAUUUGGCCGGGACCUGUGACAGCGUUUUGGUGGAAGGUUCGGAAGGUUCGAUGGAGUGAUUACGAGGCGAGAGGUGCUGAGAAGUGGGAGAGGGAAAGGAGGAGGAAGAGAAUCCGGCAAGUUCUCGCUUGGAUUGCGGCGGCGGUUCUUCUGGCUGCUGGGACGCAGUCUUCGACGAGGAACGCUGUGAUUGCCUCCAUUGCACCUACAUUGGAAAAGGCCUAUGAAUCCAUUCCGUGUCUUGGGUUUCGUAGAUCGUUUUGAUCUUGAUUAGGUGAUAGAAAGUCCUCUUUAUAAUAAAUAAUACGUAGGAAAUGCCUAUGAAA